AUGGGUCAAGUAGAAAGCCACAAUGACGAGAUGGAUUUGGAGCAAAUUCAGGAGCUGUGUAUGACUUUUAUGAAGGAGUGCCCGAGCGGGACUUUGCACCUGCAUGAAUUAAAACGCAUCUUUGGCGUACCGGCCAGUUGUGAGGAAGAGACUUUGUACAUUGAGACGGUCUUCCAUUCAUUCGACACAAACAGGGUAAGUGAAGUGGGCAAAACAUUUUUCAGUCAGGAAAUAAUAUGAAAAAUGUGAAAGCCAUUCUAGUCAUCCAUUGUGCUAUUAAAGGGACAGUUCAUCCAAAUUACAAAAUGUAAUAUUGGUUUCCUUACCCGGUAAGCGGUCUAUGGACAAGGUAUGACAGCAAUCCAUGAUUUGGUUUAGUUUCCCUGGCACUGUUUCCAAAUGCUAAUCUCAUGGUACCGAUAUUAGCAUUUUUUGUGCAUCAUGUUCCAAUCAUCUACUGUGCCUUCAGAAAGUAUUCAUACCCCUUGACUAACUACACAUUCUGUUGUGCUACAGCCUGAAUUCAAAAUUGAUUACAUUAUUUUUUUCUCACCCAUCUACACACAAUACCCCAUAAUGACAAAGUAAAAACAUGUUUUUAUAAAUGUUUGCAAAUGUAUUGAAAAUGAAAAUAGAACUAUCUAAUUUACAUAAGUAUUCACACCCCUGAGUCAAUAUAUGUUAGAAUCGCCUUUGGCAGCGAUUACAGCUGUGAGUCUUUCUGGGUACGUUUCUAAGAGCUUUUCACACCUGGAUUGUACAAUAUUUGUCCAUUAUUCUUUUCAAAAUUCUUCAAGCUCUGUCAAAUUGGUUGUUGAUCAUUGCUAGACAACCAUUUUCAAGUCUUGCUAUAGAUUUUCAAGCAGAUUUAAGUCCAAACUGUAACUCGGCCACUCAGGAACAUUCACUGUCUUGGUAAGCAACUCCAGUGUAGAUUUGGUCUUGUCUUUUAGGUUAUCGCCUGCUGAAAGGUGAAUUAAUCUCCCAGUGUCUGGUGGAAUGCAGACUGAACCAGGUUUUCCUCCAGGAUUUUGCCUGUGCUUAGCUCCAUUCAGUUUCUUUUUUAUCCUGAAAAACUCCCCAGUCCUUAACAAGUACAAGCAUACCCAUAACAUGAUGCAGCCACCACGAUGCUUGAAAAUAUGGACAGUGGUACUCAGUAAUGUGUUGCAUUGGAUUUGCCCCAAACAUAACACUUUGUAUUCAGGAAUUGCUUUGCAAAUAUAUUUUGCAGUAUUACUUUAAUGCCUUGUUGCAAACAGGAUGCAUGUUUUGGAAUAUUUUUUAUUCUGUACAGGCUUCCUUCUUUUCACUCUGUCAAUUAGGUUAAUAUUACAUUUACAUUUUAGUCAUUUAGCAGACGCUCUUAUCCAGAGUGACUUACAGGAGCAAUUAGGGUUAAGUGCCUUGCUCAAGGGCACAUCGACAGAUUUUUCACCUAGUCAGCUCGGGGAUUAGAACCAGUGACCUUUCGGUUACUGGCACAAUGCUCUUAACCACUAAGCUACCUGUUAUUGAUCCAUCCUCAGUUUUCUCCCAAACCAAACCUAUUAAAUUAUGUAACUGUUUUAAAGUCACCAUUAGCCUGAUAAUGAAAUCCCUGAUCGGUUUCCUUCCUCUCCAGCAACUGAGUUAGGAUGGACGCCUGUAUCUUUGUAGUGACAGGGUGUAUUGAUACACCAUCCAAAGUGUAAUUAAUAACUUCACCAUGCUCAAAGGGAUAUUCAAUAUCUCCUUUUAAAAUGUUUACCCAGCUACCAGUUGAUGCCCUUCUUUGCGAGGCAUUGGAAAACCUCCCUGGUCUUUGUGGUUGAAUUUGUUUGAAAUUCACUGCUCGACUGAGGGACCUUACAGAUAAUUGUAUGUGUGGGGUACUGAGAUGAGGUAGACGUUCAAAAAUCACAUGAAACACUAUUAUUGCAACUUAUUAUGUGACUUCUUAAGCACAUUGUUUCUCCUGAACUUAUUUAGACGUACCAUAACAAAGGGGUUGAAUACUUAUUGAUUCAAGACAUUUCAGCUUUAAAAUAUUAUUAAUUAGUAAAAAUUUAGAAGAACAUAAUUUCACUUUGACAUUAUGGGCUAUUGUGUGUAGACCAGUGACAAAAAUCUCACUUUAAUCCAAUUUAAAUUCAGGCUGUAACACAACAAAAUGUGGAAAAAGUCAAGGGGUGUGAAUACUUUCUAAAAGCACUGUAUUCGUGACUUUGUUGCGCUUCACAAUCAAUUUGAGAUACUUUUGAUUUGGACAUGAUGCAUGAAAAACGCUAAUACCGGUACCAUGAUUUCAUUUAGAAAAUGUGGGUGAACUAUCCCUUUAAUUGCAUUAGCUUCUGUUAUCAUUAUGCAUUCAAAAGGUAAACAUGCAAUAAAUCCAUGUAUUGUUUUCACAGGAUAACGCGUUGGAUUUUAUGGAGUAUACGGCCGCUCUUCACCUGAUAUUGCGCGGGAAUCUUGAGGAUAGGUUAAAGUGGUCCUUUAAAAUCUACGACAAGGACGGGAAUGGCAAGUUAGACCGACAAGAGGUGAAAAACCUGAUUCAGGUAAGAAAUCACACAUCAUCUUCCUCUGCAUUAGGCUAUUGACUGGCUGCUUCAUUCAAGCCUUUACAUGUUUUACAUUUUAGUCAUUUAGCAGACACUCUUAUCCAGAGCAAUUAGGGUUAAGUGCCUCUCUCAACGGCACAGACAGAUUUUUCACCUAGUCGGCUCAGGGAUUAGAACCAGCGACCUUUCGGUUACUGGCACAACGCUCUUAACCACUAAACUACCUGCCUUUUGUAGUCUACUAGUACUUAUAGAUCAGUUAUGCUAGGCUAUGCACCUACGCCUUCUUUUCUAAGUCUAAGAACAGCUGGACACAUUUAGUUGUUAAACUGGUAGUGUAAUCUGCAAUCCUCAUUUUGAAGUUUUCUAAAUUGUAUGACUUGUAUAAUACAGGUAUUACAUCAAACUAAUGUCAUUAGGGCAGUGCCUUAAUAUGCUGCAGGUCAGGGAUUAGGAUCAGGUCAGGGGAAAGCGACUGCGUGUGACGUCUGGGAUUUUCACAAAUCUAAUUCCGUCCAUACAUGUUAUUGGAUGAAAGGAUGGGAGGAGCAUGUGGCUUUAAUGCCUGUUAUUAUUGGGAACAUCUAUCCCUAGCCCUGAUCCUAUAGCCUAUCUGGUACUGAACUGAACCAGCCCCCAUGCCUGUAGGUCAGCUGAGUUCACGGCUCUGGUGUUUACUGUACAUAUAGGUUCUCUAUCUUUUUCCUUCGUCGAUUAAAAAGGCCUAAUGUCACAGUAUUGUUUCAGUGCAAAAAUGUUUUCUCCAUUUAUAAAGAUGUGUUACCCCACUGAUGAUAUGACAUAGUAUAUAUUAUAAUGUUAAUAAUACUUUAUUACCUAGUUUUGGUAACUCUCGAUUUCCUAAAUUGAGACAACAUAACAUUCUAAGGCAGUUGGGUUACUAUUAUUUUUUGUUUGUUACCCAUCUGCCUUAAAAUAUGACCUUAUGUGAACUCAGUAAAUUAAGCUGAGAUAAACAACACUAGACAAAAUAAUACUUCUGUAAUAUAAAAGUUUAUACAACUUCAUAUUUUACGUCAGUGGGGUAAACCCAUCUUUUUAUGUUGAAACCCUUUUAAAUGUAUACCAUUUGAGAUAGGACACCAAUGUAAAAGAGACUUUUAUCAAGUACCACACUGUAUUUCCCCCAGCUGUACGUAAUGAAAUGCAUCUCAUACAUUUGCAGAUCAUUUACAAAAUCAAGCUUCAUACAACUGCCAUAAACAUGACACCUAAUGAAGUCUGUGACAGGAUCUUUGAGCUGGUUGACAAAAAUCAUGAUGGUAAGUGCCCUGUUAAGAUAUAUUCAUAUAUACGGCAGAACAUGCAUUCAAAUCUGUACCAAAUAUAUAGUACCACAACGAUGAACAAUCUGUGUUCUAAGGACUUUACAUGCACCAGCGGGAGACAAUAUGCGUUUGUCACUGACCGUUUUGUAUUUUAUUUGACUAGGCAAGUCAGUUAAGAACAAAUUCUUAUUUGUUCUUAUUUGUUACACAUUUCUUACACACUGGUCAGUCUGAUGUAAUGACCAGUAUUACGUAAUGCUUGUGCUAAUUGGUGGUCCAUUUGAGGGAGACUUUGCUCUGGCAUUCUCAUGGACAGGUGCUACGUGGCCCAUUAUACAGAGGAAAGGUGGUUUUACCACUGGUUUGUUGUUUUAUUUUUAAUAAGCAUGAAUGGCUUCCUACUUUUAAUAAGCAUGAAUGGCUUCUUACUUUUAAUAAGCAUGAAUGGCUUCCUACUUUUAAUCAGCAUGAAUGGCUUCCUACUUUUAAUAAGCAUGAAUGGUUUCCUACUUUUAUUAAGCAUGAAUGGCUUCCUACUUUUAUUAAGCAUGAAUGGCAUCCCACUUUUAAUAAGCAUGAAUGGCUUCCUACAUUCUUACUAAGUUGGCACUACAUCCGAGUUAUAUCAAAGGCAGUAACCUUAACCUGAGAAAGAUGUUGGAUCAUUGCCCACCAAAAUGUACACUUUUUAAAUUGUAUUGUUUUUUUCCUUCUAUUACAGGCCAGAUUUCCUUUACUGAGUUUAUGGAGGGUGCCCAGAAGGACGAAUGGGUCAUGAAUAUGCUCAAGCUGGACGUCAACGCUAGUGGCUGGGUCAUGCAGAACUGUGUAAAAAUGACCUGAGCCCUCCAAACAGGGUCUCCCAUCUACACAGAGAGGGGUUGUGUCUCGCAAAUGACAUCUGAGUUUUGUCUUUUUCGCACGAGAAACCUGAUGCCUUGGGCCUAAAGGUCUGGCUCUGCCUCCAUGUUUGCUGCUUGCGAUGGUUCAGACAUAUGCAUGGAGCACUCUUCUCUGUAUCACUUUUCCUCCGGUCAUUGUUCUUUUAACAUGCUGUCCAUGCACUUUGAUGUAUGUCGGAACAACAGGCGUUCUCUUUUUGAGAGCUGACCAGCUGACAGGAUGGAGUCUCAUUCAGCAGGUGACUGUCAUAGCUCACUGGAACUCGAGUUCAAAGCUCAUAUUGUGUGAUAUGAUAUUAUAAAGGGUCCCUAUCUGCAGUUUGAGUAUUUAGGUUACAUUCAAGUUUAAAAGGUUAUGGAAUUCUAUACUCAGUAAUAUUGUGACGAUGGUUAUGAAAUUAUCUUAUUAAGAAUAUUAUGUAAUCAAAAUAUACACAGUGAUUAUUUCACAACCUUAUACUUUCAAGUGCGAAGUAAUCAACUAUUUCAAAACAUUAUAUCAAUGCAAAUAUCAUACCAUUAGUAGCCUAAAUGUGAUAUCAUGUUAUCCAUAUUUAUUUUACCUAUUAUAUUGUUUAAGGAAUUGAUAUCACAUCAGAGAACUUGGAAUGGUGUAUUAUUCAAUGUCAAGUACUUCAAAUCCUUUAGUCAUUUUACAUUUUAAUCAUUUAGCAGACGCUCUUAUCCAGAGCGACUUACAGUUAGUGAGUGCAUACAUUUUCAUACUGGCCCCCCGUGGGAAACGAACCCACAACCCUGGCGUUGCAAGCGCCAUUCUCUACCAACCGAGCUACAGGGGACCUGUUAAAAACAAUUGGGCAUCACAAAAAAACUUUAAAAACCUAUAAAUAUCAGCAGAGUUUAAACUGUGUUGGUUGCCAUUGUUGCCAGUUCCCAAAGAGGUUAUUUUCAGUAUUUUAUGGUAAUUGCUUUAAUGUAGCCUACAUUUUGGAAUAUCUUUACACAUUUUUAAGCUUUACUAUUAUCCACACAUCAAGCUUCCACAAAUUGUAUUUGAGAUACUUAAAUUAACCCUUUGAUGAAGAAUGAACCUUUGAUGAAGAAUAAUAUCUAUAUUUCCAUUUUGUUUGAUCUAAUGCAAGCAUGUCCCACUAAGUGGUCUCACCAUAGCAACCAUUCUUUGUUUAUUUAUUUGACAAAUGAUACACCCAUCAUGACAAACCACAGUCUUAUUUUUGUCACAUAGAUGAGAGGUGUACCUGUAAGUAAGCAUUUCAUUGUACUGUGUAUGUACACCAUGUGUAUCCUGUGCAUAUGACAAAUAAACUUGAUUUGAUUUGCAAAGCCACCCAGCCAUGUAGGCAUACCUCAGGGAGAAAUAAGCUUUCCACUAGUAUUUGCAUGGGUGGGGUGGCCCCAGCAUUGGUAUUCAUGUAGCCUACCACUCUAGGGUAUCAAUAUCCACAUCAAUAGUCAGAGUGCCGUUAUAAGAGUGGUUAGACUGAAAACCCGCAUGCAAGGGGAUACUGAUGGACCAUUAUUUUGAACUCUUGAUCCCCUCUGUUACAUGAUACUGUGAUACAUAACUUUUCUACGCACAAGGCAUCGUUGUCUCAGAAGAGAGGUGUUUGUUCAAACAGUAAGGCACAAGAGUCCAUGUUAUAUCAUGAAUAUAGUCACAGGUAAAUACCGUUGUUCGUCCCGAUGUGCUAGCAGAAGGUCUUUCAACCCAUUUACUUGUGUCUAUAUUCAUUAUAGUGUAGUGUCACGUGCCUUACUGCUUUUAUAAAAUGGUCACAACAUGCAUACAAAUACUGAGCAAUCAGCAUCCAGGAUCCAAUCAGCAUCCAGGAUCCACAUGACCCGUUUUAUAACAAGAAAUCCCACCCAGCUAUCUGAUUCUCUAUGAGGAUGGAAGAGUGAGAAAGAGGGGGUAGUGAGAGUUCAGGGUUCAUGAACUGACUUCUCUAUGCUCUCCAAUGUGUGUACAGUAAAUUCACUGUGAACUUUUCAGAUGCUCCAGAUACACUGUAUUGUGCGCUUACUUGUGAUGACUUACUGUAUUAAAAUGCAAUUUUAUAUGGAUUCUCCGCCGUAUGUCUCUCUUUAUCCAUAUGUUAUAUGGAUUCUCCGCCGUAGGUCUCUCUUUAUCCAUAUGUUAUAUGGAUUCUCCGCCAUGUCUCUCUUUAUCCAUAUGUUAUACAGAUUCUCCGCCGUAUGUCUGUCUUUAUCCAUAUGUUAUACAGAUUCUCCGCCGUAUGUCUCUCUUUAUCCAUAUGUUAUACAGAUUCUCUGCCGUAUGUCUGUCACACCCUGACUCAGGGGACUCGUAUAUGUUGAGUCAGGGUGUGUAUAUUCUUUGGUGUUUGUAUUCUAUGUUGUUAUUCUAGUAUGUGUAGUUCUAUGUUGGCCGGUGUGGUUCCCAAUCAGAGGCAGCUGUCGUUCGUUGUCUCUGAUUGGGGAUCAUACUUCGGCAGCCUAUUGGCACUAGUGGGUUGUGGGAUCUUGUUCCGUGUAAGGUAUGUUGUGUGUGCUACCUUGGACUUCACGUUUCGUUUAGUUUGUUGUUUUGUCAUUGUGUUUAUUUGGUUUAAUAAACAUGUACAUAUAUCACGCUGCGCCUUGGUCUGACCCGUCAAUGAACGAACGUGACAAUGUCUCUCUUUAUCCAUGCGUUAUAUGGAUUCUCCGCCGUAUGUCUCUCUUUAUCCAUAUGUUAUACGGAUUCUCCGCCGUAUGUCUCUCUUUAUCCAUAUGUUAUACGGAUUCUCCGCCGUAUGUCUCUCUUUAUCCAUAUGUUAUACGGAUUCUCUGUCGUAUGUCUCUAUUUAUCCAUAUGUUAUACGGUUUCUCCGCCGUAUGUCUCUCUUUAUCCAUAUGUUAUACAGAUUCUCCGCCAUAUGUCUCUCUUUAUCCAUAUGUUAUACGGAUUCUCCGCCGUAUGUCUCUCUUUAUCCAUAUGUUAUACAGAUUCUCCGCCGUAUGUCUCUCUUUAUCCAUAUGUUAUACAGAUUCUCUGCAAUGUCUCUCUUUAUCCAUAUGUUUAGGGCUGUUUGUCCAUAUGCAUAAUGUCAAAUGGAUUUAGGUCACCUGUAGGUUUUUGUUUUUGAUGACCACAUUCUAUGUUUAUUCAUAUAAUGAAUUCCCUCUGCAAUGAAUGAAGGGAUGUAUCCUCCUAACACAUACAUACACACACACAUGCACACAAACAUACUUAUGCAACAUGUGUUGUGUGUAUUAAGGUGUUGUGAGACCUCUGUAGCUUGGGCCUUUUAGGGGAAAUGUCUGUCCGUCCGUCAGUCCGCCCCUAAUCUGUUUUUUUUAGGUGAAUGAUUCCCCUGAGAUUAACUGUUAUUUUAGGGCCAGACUACAGAAGGUUGAUAACUUGGUGAGAGGUGAGUGUUCAGCUAAUACCUUAACUGGAUCCCACAGCUAUAACUAAUUAUUACACAACACACACACACUAUAUUUUUUCAGUGUUGCUGCUAAAUGCAUAUAUGGGAAACAAUGACUACUUCACAUUUGUUUUUCUUGAAUGUAAAGUUGGAGGCUUUGCCUUGUUCAGGUGUCAGUGAGCACAGGUGUGAGUUACACGAUGACCCAGGGCACACACCUAAAGUGAAUUAAAUGCACUAAGUCAAUUACUAAAUUAACUACUGGCAAACUCUCUGAAACACACAUACAAAGUGCUGGCUUAGGCUAUUCAAUCAUCUCAAUUUUUUUAGGAAUAAAUGAAUGAACACAGUCAAUUAAUCCUAGCUAUUUACCCUCAUACCAGGUCAUUGGCUUGUGGUAUUCAGUGUUUAAUGAAUACAUCCACCUGCUUAAACAUUUAUCUACUCAGGUCUCGCUUGCAAAAUAGAUUUAUUCCAAUGAGACUAGCCUGGACGUAAAUUAAGGUUGAAUAAAUACCAAGCAAAUAAAGCGUCACGGUAGUUUUGGUGACUUGUGUCUGAUAAAGAGCAGAGAGGCAAAUUUGGAGUGGGUGACAUAAGGCUAAUUAAAUGACUUCGACUUUGUGGUCUGAGUAGGCUAUACCCUCUUAGAAAAAAAAGGUGCUAUCUAGAACCUAAAAGGGUUAUUCGGCUGUCCCCACCGGAGAACCCUUUUUGGUUCCAGGUAGAACCCUUUACACUGCGGGUUCUACAUGGAACCCAAAUGAGUGCUACCUAUGGGGGCAGCCGAAGAACCCUUUUUUAUAAGGGCAGGGAGAGCAGUUGAGGUUGUGUGGCUAGUCGGUCGGUUGACUUCACUAGUCGUUAAUCUUGGUGAGGUCCAGUGUUAAAUAAUCCCCUCAGAUAUCCAAAGAAUGGAAUAGUACCUGAUCUAACACGGGCUUUGGCGCUUGAUGCAUCUUGAUUUGUUCCCGCCUGUCUCGAUUGGAUUUUUUAAUAACGGAUCUAAAAUAUCGACUAAAAAUAUCAACAAUCAACAGUAGGCUAAGCCAAAUGUUGGAAUGUUGGGUUAAUCCUCAAACUCAUUGACUUGGGCGCAAACCUGUUUUGUGGUCUCUGAGAGCGUGGAAGGAAUGGGUGUUGUAGAUUACUUUUACCAUCGAUUGAAAUCGAUUGAAGUUAUUCGUUAAGAACUUCAUAGACCACCUUUAAAGGACUUGGAUCUGCUCAACCAUGGGUCAAUCACACAGUGAGCUAGACGAGGAGGUGGCCCUCACACAUAUCCAGGAACUAUACCGAAAAUUCGCCAGCGAGUGUCCCAGUGGCAACCUGCAUUUACACGAAUUCAAGAAAAUCUUUGGAAUUAACAGCGACUCGACAGAGGAGGAAUCCGCAUUCAUGGACAACGUAUUUCGAUCGUUUGACGCGAACCAUGUACGUGUUUAGGUACCUUUUGUACUGAUUUAUUAAGCUAAGCAUCUUUAGAGGAAGAGAUAAUGGACAUAAGUAGUCUAGUAGCCUUUGCCAGAAGCUGAGACAGUUGUAGAUUAUAAAACAAUUAAUUCAGUGUGAUAUUAUCUUGGUUGUAUUGCCUAGAGAAAUACACAUUAAAGCUAUGAAUUAAAGGUAGGCAGGUAGCCUAGCUGUUAAGAGCGUUGGACCAGUAACCAAAAGUUCGCUAGCCUGAUUCGAAUCCCCGAGCCGGUGAAAAAUAUGUUGAUGUGCCAUUGAGCAAGGCACUUAACCCUAAUUGCUCCUGUAAGUCUCUCUGGAUAAGUGACUAAAAUGUAAAUGUCUGCCCUGGCUUAUACACACGUAGAUACACCCGCGCGCUGUCCGUGGUGCUGAAACGCUCAAAUACGUAACAGCAAUCAACAUUCUCCGUGGUUACACACAAAAGGGACAAUGAUGUCUCCACAUCACACAGAGAUCAUCACCUACAUUACAUUCAUUGGUGUUUAGUUGAUUUAAUUCCUUGUUUUUAUCCAUAGGACAACACACUAGACUUUAUGGAGUAUGUGGCAGCAGUGCACCUCGUUCUUAGAGGAAAGCUCGAGGACCGACUGAGGUGGUCUUUCAAAUUGUACGACAGAGAUGGAAACGGACACCUCGACAAAAAGGAGCUAAAACAAGUUGUCAAAGUAAGUGUAUAGAGGCUUGUUGUUUAGAUGUGUUUUUUCUCCAUUUAUUUUGAAGUCCUGACCUAAACACCUGGAAGCCGAAGUCCUGUCAAAUAUGUUACUCUACAAACUGGCUUCCCGAUGUUCUUGCUGGCUUUGUGUGGUUAUAGGCCUACGUGACGCCCACCCCGUGAAUGGCCAUACUAGCAUUACCUUUAAAGGAGCUUAAUCUUGUUUAGACUAUGGAUUUGAAAGGUUUCCAGGAAGACAUAGCCUAGUUUAGAUAGCCACGUCGACCCAUUAGAUUAUCGACUUCUAGGGGAUCAAUUGUCAGAGACAUUGUGGAGGGAGUUGGCUUGGAACAUCCCGUAUAAGUUCCCUGAAGCUAAAAAGCCUUGUAUGCUGCCAGAGAUCCCCUCUGAACAUGAUGUAUGUAAACAAGAUACUGGGUAUGACCCUCUCAUCAAAUUGAGAUGCCUUAACAUUUUCCCACGCUAAUUGUACUCCUUUUUAAUGCACCAUGCAUACCAAAACUAUAUAGCCAGUAAGCCUAAUUAUAUGCAGGGAUAUGAAACUAUACGUUUGAUAUGAGAUGACAUACAGCAUAUUGAGCCAUAUAAAAAAACACCUUUCUGUCUGGUGUGCCAUCACCUGCUUCAAUCUAUACAACAUGUGUAUACAUAACCUGCUCCCACUCACCAUAGUCAAUCCAUUUUCUCAUGUCUUCCUCUCUCUGCAGAUCAUCUACAAUAUCAAGAGGCAUGGGAACCCAUCUGAAACUGACAACCUGACCCCUGAUCAGAUCACUGACCGGAUCUUUGACCUGGUGGAUAAGAAUAAAGACGGUAAGUCUGUGUGAGGUGUCUGUCUAUCAUUAGACAUGUAGUAUCUGUGUAGGCCUGUAUGUGUGCAAUAUACUCAUUCCAUUGUGGGUGUAGUAAGGUAGUACUAAAACAUUUCAGCAAAGCAAAUGAAGGUGUAUGUAUGCGCAGAGCCAACAUGUUGAGAAGACCAGAGUGCAAACGUUUCUGCCCACCAUUGGUGUGCGUGGCCAAAUAGCUCUAUUUUCAUGCCAUCUGACCAUAGCACCACCAGGAGUUUGCUAAACGGCAUUGGCACUUGGAUUGGAACGGGUGCUAUGGUCAUAUGACACGAAAAUAGAGGUAUUUGGCCUCGCUCACUAACGGUGGGUUUGGCCUUCGAGAAGAACAAUGCAGAAAAUACCUCAUCCCUACUGUAAAAUAUGGUGGUGGGUCUUUUAUGUUAUGGGUCUAUUUAGCUUCCACUGGUCCUGGGGUCCUUUAAGGUCAACGGUAUCAUGAACUUUACCAAGUACAAGAACAUUUUAGUCAAAAACCUGGUUGCCUCUGCCAGGAGACUGAAACAUCAAAUAAAAUCAAUUUUUAUUUGCCACAUGCGCCGAAUACAACAGGUGUAGACCUUACAGUGAAAUGCUUACUUACAAGCCCUUAACCAACAAUGCAGUUUUAAGAAAAAUAAGUGUUAAGUAAAAAAUAGAUAAGUACAAAAUAAAAAUAACAAAUAAUUAAAGAGCAGCAGUAAAAUGGGGUGGGGGGACAAUGCAAAUAGUCCGGGUAGCCAUGAUUAGCUGUUCAGGAGUCUUAUGGCUUGGGGGUAGAAGCUGUUAAGAAGCCUUUUGGACCUAGACUUGGUGCUCUGGUACCGCUUGCUGUGUAGUAACAGAGAGAACAGUCUAUAACUAGGGUGGCUUGAGUCUUUGACAAUUUUUAGGGCCUUCCUCUGACACCGCCUGGUAUAGAGGUCCUGGAUGGCUGCAAGUGGAUGUUCCAGCAGGACAAUAACACCAAGCACACAUCAAAAUCCACAAAAAAGUGGUUAAUUUACCACAAAAUCGACAUUUUGCAUUGGCCAUCUCAGUCUCAGACUUGACCCCAUUGAACCUAAGGUUUGCAUUGAAGAGGGCAGUCCAUAAGCGCAGAUGAAGGAUAUCAAGGAUCUGGAAGGAUUCUGUAUGGAGGAAUGGUCUAAGAUCCCUCCCAAUGUGUUCUCCAUCUCAUAUUUUUUGUUGUUGAAAAAGUAGCAUUAUCCUCUCAAUUUUAAGGUAUUCCAAGGUUUUGAAAACAGGGGUGUGAAUAAUUUUGACCCCUACCUUUUUGAGAAAUAAAUAUUACUUGUUAAACAAAAUCGUUUUCUCUGAGCAAUUGUAUUUCCCAAAUGUUCUCUAGCAUACAAUCUAGCUCAGUAUUUGAAUUAUUUAUUUUAUACAGUAAUUUUUGCUCAUCUUUAUCGAGGGUGUCAAUCAUCACGGUACCCACUGUAUAAAUAAACUGAGUGUACAAAACAUUAAGAACACCUGCUCUUUUCAUGACAUAGACUGACCAGGUGAAAGCUAGGAUCCCUUAUUGAUGUCACUUGUUAAAUCCACUUUGAUCAGUGUAGAUGAAGUGUAGCAGACAGGUUAAAGAAAGAUUUUAAAGCCUUGAGACAAUUGAGACAUGGAUUGUGUGGUUUGUGUUAAGAACUGCAACGCUGCUGGGUUUUUCACGCUCAACGGUUUCCCGUCUAUCAAGAAUGGUCCACCACCCAAAGGACAUCCAGCCAACUUGACACAACUGUGGGAAGCAUUGGAGUAUUAGGUACACCCAUCUAGUACCGGGUUGGACCCCCUUUUGCCUUCAGAACAGCCUGAAUUCUUCAGGACAUGGAAAUCUUGCUCAAUUGGUACUAAGGGACCUAACGUGUGCCAGGAAAACAUUCCCCACACCAUUACACCACCGCCACCAGCCUGUACCGUUGACACCAGGCAGGAUGGGGCCAUUGACUCAUGUUGCUUACGCCAAAUCCUGACUCUGCCAUCAGCAUGAGGCUACAGGAACAGGGAUUUGUCGAACUAGGCAAUGUUUUUCCACUCCUCAAUUGUCCAGUGUUGGUGAUUGCGUGCCCUCUGGAGCUUCUUCUUGUUUUUAGCUGAUAGGAGUGGAACCCAUGUGGUCGUCUGCUGCACUAGCCCUUCGUGACAAGGACCGACGAGUUGUGCUUUCCGAGAUGCCGUUCUGUACACUGCUGUUGUACUGCACCGUUAUUUGUCUGUUUGUGGCCCGCCUUUUAGCUUGCAUGAUUCUUGCCACACUCCUUCGACCCCUCAUCAACAAGCUGUUUUCGCCCAAAGGAUUGCCGCUGACUGGAUAUUUUUGUUUAUCGCACCAUUCUUGGUAAACCCUAGACACUGUUGUGCGUGAAAAGCCCAGGAGGCCGUCCGUUUCUGAGAUAGUGGAACCGGCGUGCCUGGCACCGACUAUCAUACCACGCUCAAAGUCGCUUAGGUCACUCGUUUUGCCCAUUCUAAUGUUUAAUCGAACAGUAACUGAAUUCCUCGAUACCUGUCUGCUUGCUUUAUAUAGCAAGCCACGGCCACGUGACUCACUGUCUGUAGGCGCGAACCAUUUUUGUGUACCUAAUAAACUGCCAACUGAGUGUAUAUACGGUAUAUACAGUACCAGUCAAAAGUUUGGACACACCUACUCAUUCAAGGGUUUUUCUUUAUUUUUACUAUUUUCUACAUUUUAGAAUAAUAGUGAAGACAUCGAAACUAUGAAAUAACAAAUAUGGAAUUAUGUAGUAACCAAAAAAGUGUUAAACAAAUCAAAAUAUAUUUUAUAUUUGAGAUUCUUCAAAGUAGCCACCCUUUGCUUUGAUGACAGCUUUGCACACUCUUGGCAUUCUCUCAACCAGCUUCAUGAGGUAGUCACCUGGAAUGCAUUUGAAUUAACAAGUGUGCCUUAUUAAAAGUUAAUUUGUGGAAUUUCUUUCCUUCUUAAUGCGUUUGAACCAAUCAGUUGUGUUUUGAUAAGGCAGGGGUGGUAUACAGAAGAUAGCCCUAUUUGGUAAAAGACCAAGUCCAUAUUAUGGCAAGAACAGCUCAAAUAAGCAAAGAGAAAUGACAGUCCACCAUUACUUUAAGACAUGAAGGUCAGUCAAUCCGGAAAACUACAAGAACUUUGAAAGUUUCUUCAAGUGCAGUCGCAAAAACGAUCAAGCACUAUGAUGAAACUGGCUCUGCUCAGCAUACGUGGGAACUCCUUCAAGACUGUUGGAAAAGCAUUCCAGGUUAAGCUAGUUGAGAGAAUGCCAAGAGUGUGCAAAGCUGUCAUCAAGGCAAAGGGUGGCUACUUUGAAGAAUCUCAAAUAUAAAAUAUAUUUUGAUUUGUUUAACACUUUUUUGUUUACUACAUGAUUCAAUAUGUGUUAUUUCAUAGUUUUGAUGUCUUCACUAUUAUUCUACAAUGUAAAAAUAGUAAAAAUAAAGAAAAACCCUUGAAUGAGUCGGUGUGACCAAACUUUUGACUGGUACUGUAUGUACAGUAUAUAUCUAUACACACACACAUAUAUACAGGUAUUCCUUUCAUUCUCUCUCUCCGUUUCCAGGCCAGAUUUCCUUGGAGGAGUUCAUGGAUGGGGCUCAGAAGGACCAGUGGGUGCUGGACCAGCUCAAGCUGGACGUGAGACCCUGCGGGUGGUUCCUAGUACAGCAGAGGAAGAACGUGGAGGAAGAACUGCAGAGGAAGAACAACAAGUGA